AUGAAUUUUGUUGUUAUAAAAAGUUGUUUGCUACAUAAAAAGCUAUAAAAAACUAAAUCUCAAAAUUAAAUAACCUACAUUAUUCGCUCUGUAAACAUUCGAAGUAAUCAAUGAGGCAAAUCAAAUGCCUUCGUCUAGUCAGUUCACAUCUGACAAGCAAAAUGAGAAGUCACACAUACAUUGAUUCCUUGGGCUCUGCCAGCAUCAUGGCGCGUAUCCUCGAUGGCAAAGCACUUGCUAUGGAGAUAAAGAAGGAGCUGAAGCAAAAAAUAGCACAGUGGGUGAGUCUUGGAAACCGAGCUCCCACCAUUCGUUGUAUAAUUGUUGGCGAUGACCCAGCGAGCCACACCUAUGUCAGGAACAAAGUUGAAGCGGCAAAAUUUGUGGGAAUCGAUGCAUUAACAAUUAACAGGGACAGUGAUAUAACCGAAGAACAACUACUCUCUGAGAUCCAAAAUUUAAAUGAAGAUAAUAGUGUUGAUGGAAUUCUCGUCCAAUUACCUGUACCUGAUACAAUUAAUGAGAGGAGAGUUUGCGAUGCUAUUGCUCCUGAAAAAGAUAUCGAUGGUUUCCACAUAAUCAACAUCGGAAGGCUGUGUGUGGAUCUACCUACCAUUGUGCCGGCUACAGCAUUGGCUGUAGUGGAAAUGCUGAAAAGAUUUAACAUCGACACAUUCGGUCGCAACGCGGUCGUGAUAGGUCGUUCCAAAAACGUCGGUAUGCCUAUCGCUAUGAUGCUGCACAGCGACAAGAGACACGAAAGCGGAUUAGGGAUGGACGCUACCGUCACCAUCUGCCAUCGUUACACGCCAAAAGACAAACUAGAGGCAUAUUGUCGGAACGCUGACAUCAUUAUCACCGCUACCGGUUUGCCCAAAUUAAUCAAAGCGGAUAUGGUGAAACCGGGCGCUACGAUAAUAGACGUUGGCAUUACAAGAAUAACCGAUGAAAAUGGAAAGUCUAGACUCGUCGGGGACGUUGAUUACGAAGAAGUGUCUAAGAUCGCCGGUGCCAUAACUCCAGUUCCCGGCGGAGUGGGUCCUAUGACUGUGGCGAUGCUGAUGCAUAACACAUUCCAAGCAGCUCAGAGUCAAGCAAACAAAUCCAAUUAAUGAUGGGGAUGUACUUGGAAGAUCUGGCUAAUUUUAUAGUUUGCAUUUUGUUUAUUUAUUUAUUAAAUUUCUUUAUUAGGUAUGUAUUUAAUAGUGACAAUUUAAUUAUUUUUGUUCUGACAUUAAGCAAUAA